GGAGCCAAGGUGUCGUGUCUGCUCCCGGGCGCCCCCUGGCCCGACUUGGGCGCCGGAGGUUUCCGGUUCGCGGCCGCCGGCGGUGACGUCUCGUUUGCUCCCGAGCCGCCCGCGCCGCCGCUCCCUAGCCAAGCUGCAGGCCUGUGGAAAUCCAAUCAAGCCAUACACGAGUGGAGCGCGCUUGGCCGUUUUGUGCAAGAAGACGCGGUAGCCUUGCCGAGUCUUGCCAGAGAACUCAACUCCAAGAAGGCUUUCUGCCAGGCCCUGAAGUUGUACUUUAAUGCACCAUAGGGAACCCAGCGUAUGCAAGUGGGUACGUGCCCUCCCUUGCAAAAGCCAACUGUCUGAUCUGCUUCUUUAGAUUUUCCCCAUGGCUAAGGGUUACUUUUUUCCAUGAAUGGUCAAGUUUUGUUAACCAGCAGAACGCAUUGCAGAGCCGUGGAUUUGGAUAACCGAAAUUCUGGACCUACUCUUCCUAGCAGUGACUUAGAGGGUGAGUUCAAGGGCUGGGUGGCCUGCUGUGAUCCCGAGGUUGGCACUGGCCCAGGCAACCCUGGGAAUCAGAGAGCAGGAUUACUGAAAUGGGAACCGGGAACAGCCUUUGGUCCUAGGAAUGUUUUCUCUGCUAAUUAUCCUGUUGUUCGGGAUUGAGUGAUGUCGGUGUGAAGUGAACUACCUUCUUCCUGCUCGCCACUGGUGUCCGUGAGUUACUAUGUCCAGGGGCCCCUGCACUUUACUUCACUUUGAGAGAUUUAGUAUUCGUUCUCUAAGGAGAAUCAAGCAUCCUGAGACUGGGCCUCUGGCUAGAGAUUUUCUGGUUAAGUUAUUUUUACUCUUAGUAGUUCCUUUAUAUUAAAAUAGCAACUGGUCUCUUGUGGCAUGCUUUUAAGGUACUGUACUUUAUUUCUCUGAGGUUUUAAGCAUCAGCAGCUUCCGGGUGACUCUGAGGAUUAAAGAGGUCCUUAUUUUCAUUAUUAAGUAGUUAUUUUUAUCAAUAUGCAUUCCCCCCCCCCCCCCCGACUACAGACAGGGUUUCUCUGUGUAUCCCUGGCUGUCCUGGGACUCGCCACUGCCUGGCACUCAAUAUACAUUUUUGAAUUUUCUAAAAUUGCUUGUAAUUCACUGUUAGAUCAAGGCCCCUUGGAUUUACAAGGGUUAGCAACACAGCCUUCAGGGCCUACAAUGCAAGGAACCUUUAAUUACUUACUCAGCAAAGGACUUGUUCCCAUGAUCUUCACCGUUUUAACCUUAUGACCCCAUAGGCCUGGAACUUGAACAGAGCAUUCUAUUUGUAAACAUCAGUGAAGGCUGGUUUGGGAAGUUGUGUCGUCCUUACAGCCUUACAAAGGCCUGGCUUUACUAUGGAAUGCCCAGGGUCUGCAGGUUGCUAUGUUAAUGCUGCUUGUCUUUGGAGUACUGCUUCAUGAAGUCCCCCUGAGUGGCCAGGACGAGGCUCAUCCUGAGGCUGACAGAGUGCCCGGCGAAGCCCUCUAUGACUACUCCAGCCUCCGCCUCCCAGAGGAGCACAUUCCCUUCUUCCUGCACAGUAACAGGCAUGUUGCCUCUGUGUGCAGGGAGGAUUCCCACUGUCCGUAUAAGAAACACUUAGAGAGUCUAAAUUCCUGCUGGGGGUAUGAGAAGUCCUGCACACCAGAGUCUAGAUUUGGCUCCCCCAUUUGCAGCUAUGUGGACUUGGGAUGGACCGACACCCUGGAGUCAGCCCAGGACAUGUUCUGGAAACAAGCUGACUUCGGAUAUGCUCGGGAGCGGCUGGAGGAGAUACGAAUGUUCUGCCGGCCAGAGAGUGCGAGCGACUCAAGUCUGCUUUGCUCUCGUUACCUUCAGUAUUGUAGAGCUACUGGUCUAUACCUGGACUUAAGAAACAUCAAGAGAAACCAUGACAGAUUCAAGGAAGAUUUUCUUCAGGGUGGUGAUAUUGGAGGAUACUGUAAACUUGACCGUCAUGCACUGGUGUCUGAAGGUCAGCGCAAAAGCCCUCUGCAGUCUUGGUUUGCUGAGCUACAAGGCUACACUCAGCUCAAUUUCAGGCCUAUAGAAGAUGCUAAAUGUGACAUCGUUGUUGAAAAACCAACAUAUUUUAUGAAAUUAGAUGCAGGUAUUAACAUGUACCACCACUUUUGUGACUUCCUGAAUCUCUACCUCACUCAGCACAUAAACAAUUCUUUCAGUACAGACGUGUACAUUGUCAUGUGGGACACCAGCUCUUAUGGAUACGGUGACCUCUUCUCUGAUACCUGGAAAGCAUUUACUGACUAUGACGUCAUACAUUUGAAAACCUACGAUUCCAAAAAGGUGUGUUUUAAAGAAGCUGUGUUUUCGUUGCUGCCCCGCAUGCGGUACGGGCUGUUCUAUAACACGCCUCUGAUCUCUGGCUGUCAGAACACUGGGUUAUUCAGGGCCUUCUCCCAGCACGUGCUGCACAGGCUGAACAUCUCUCAAGAGGGACCCAAGGAUGGGAAACUUCGAGUUACCAUUCUUGCACGCAGCACAGAAUACCGGAAAAUCCUGAACCAAAAUGAGCUGGUAAAUGCCCUGAAAACAGUAUCCACAUUUGAAGUCCGGGUGGUUGAUUACAAGUACAGAGAACUCGGGUUUUUAGAUCAGCUAAGGAUCACGCACAACACGGACAUAUUUAUCGGCAUGCACGGAGCUGGUCUUACCCACUUACUUUUCCUUCCAGACUGGGCUGCUGUAUUCGAGCUGUACAACUGUGAGGAUGAGCGCUGUUACUUAGACCUGGCCAGGCUCAGAGGCAUCUACUACAUCACCUGGCAGAAGCCCAGCAAAGUGUUUCCUCAAGAUAAGGGGCACCAUCCAACUCUGGGGGAGCACCCGAAGUUUACCAACUACUCUUUCGACGUAGAGGAAUUCAUGUACCUUGUCCUGCAGGCUGCAGAACAUGUACUGCAGCACCCGCAGUGGCCGUUGAAGAAGAACCACGAUGAACUAUAGAAAUGCCCAGGUUGUUUACCACGGUGUUGGACACUCCCACAGGCAGACACACAAUCAAAGGAGCAGAACAACCUCUCAUAUCCUACUGUAAGAUGAUUCACGGACUUUACUUCUGAACGUAGCUCAGGCUGGUCUUGAACUCAUGAUCCCCUUGCCUCAGCCAGCUGAGCACUCAGCUUACAGAUGAGCACGACCACGCCUGUCUACAGAAUCACCUUUUCGUGUGAAAGCGCACCUUCAGGGUACUUUAAGUCUCCCCCAUGUCUCUCGUGUCCUGGCUAUUUAUCAGCAGUAUUUUUGCACUGAAAAAAAAAUGUUACUUUUAUAGUUUAGAGCUGGGCAGAUGCCCAUUGGUGUAGCUGAGCUUUCCAGUUGGGACACCAAAGUUGUCACCUUCGGUGGCUUCAGAACUGAUAAGUGUGUUUGUUAACUGUAAGUGGUCGUAAUUCCAGAGUGUCACAGCUUGAUGUUUACCUACUUGGGUAAACUCAGGACUAUUAUUGUUUACCAUUGUGUGUUCAUAAAUAUGGUUUUAGGGGUUGGUUGGGUUUAAUCCCUAGCAACAUACACACAUACUCUCUCUCUCUCUCUCUCUCUCUCUCUCUCUCUCUCUCUCUCUCUCUUUCUCAUGCAUGCACACACGCACACACACACACACACCAGUCCAAGCCUGUGACUAUCAGGACCAAGCUAUAGGAAUGUGCUAUAGACCAGUGUUUAGUCAACUCCAGCUUACGUGCAUCAAGAGCCUGAAAGAAAAUCAUGCUUUUGUAUUUAUUAAUUUGUGUUUCUGUAUCUCUUUUGGAUCAUGUAUGUAAUGGCAAUGUUGAUAGGAACCCACUGGAACAUUCUGCAGUACCAUCUCCACUGACCCUCCAGCCAUGGAGAGCAUUCGUGCUGACUUGCCAGGGAGUCUUAGUUUCCGUCAGGCAAGCGUUUGUAAGCACGGACAGCUAUGGGUAUCCACGUCCGGCAGGAUGAAGGUAACCGUAGCCUUUGUAAAAACUGCCAAGUUGCCACAUGAAGAGAAGACUCUUUCUCUGUUUGUUUUUGUUUUUGUUUUUUAAAGUAAGAGCUUAAAAACACAGUAGACCUGUGAAUUACCCAAUCAAAACAAAAGCCCUAAAAAAGUGGCACAGAGUAAACAGGAUGUGUGAUGCAGGCUUCCCUGCACUGGCUUUAACCGACUGCUGAGCGUACAGCUCCUGGGUUUAUUCUGUUGUACAGUGGGAUGAUGCUUGAGUCUUGUUAACAUUCGAGGCUACUUUUAAUUUCUACAGUGCACUUAGCAAAUCCCAGCCAAGGACUUUAUUUUUAAAUUUUAGAGGAGUGACCUACAAAAUAAAAUAUUGGUAACCAAUGCCUCCUCGGAAGCUUGCUGCCAUUUCCUUUCAGGAUUUGUUAAAAGACUGCAGAGUUUAUUUAUUAUCUUUAAAGGAAAUAGUGACCCUUCGUAGGCAGGACUUCUCUUCGGGUCGUAAAAUUGUUUGGAAAAAAAACUGUAACAUGAGGAAUUGUUGGAUGGCAUGUUUGCCGCUGUUCUAGGUGCAGAAUACUAGGUAGGCGGGGGGAGGAGGGGUGCUCCACAGGAGGGGGCUUGGAAAGAUCCUUUUGCCCUGAUCAUCCGAAGAGAACCAUCCGGAAGACUGCUUCUGGAAAACCGUCGUCCUCCUACCUCAUUGCAAGCAGCACAGGGGCCUGUGUUCACAGACCACCGAGGAUUCCAGAAACUGAGAACAGUCUCACCUGGAAACUGUAUCUGAAUAUUUUGCAUUUAGAAUAUACUUUAUAUAAAGACAGUCAUUUAAAUUUUUAAUUGAUGGGAUUAACUUUUUAUCAGACUUUUUUUGUGGGAGCAGAAGAUCUUCAAAUGGUUGUAAAAUUUAAAGUGUAGACAUGGCCCUUUUUAUUAAGUCUGUAAGGGGACACCUUUCAUUGUACAUUUCAGACAUAGCUUUGGAAUAAAGUUUUCUAUAUUUCAUUUAAA